CCGGGAGUUUAUGAGAUUAAUGCCGCAUCAAAUAUAAAUAGAGGAGUGGUGUUACAUUUUUAUUUUUAUUUUUCCAAUAUCCAACGAAAAGGUACCAGCAACAGGAAUGUGGACUACUCUCAAUACGGCCUCCUACACGGUUGCUUUUGGCGAAACAAUGCCAGAAACCAACAAUCACAAUGCUCUUGACGACGCAGUCCUGGCAGUCCUCACUGACGGCGACAAUUUUCCACCGCUACAGUCGUCGCAUACGACUAACACAGCAGCAAGACUGGUUCAACAAAACGAUGAAUGGCAACGAAUUCGCUCACAUGACCUUGAGAGCAACGACAGCCUGACAGUCUCCUCAUCUGGAAACGAUGACAGCAAUAGUACAUACAGCGAUGAUGAUGGCAACAAUGAUCGCGACGCCGAGAAAAGCGCUACUACGAGCUGGCAACGGGUUAACCAUAAAAAGAAGCUGAUACGGUCAUUUGCUGAAAUUGCUGCACGAGCUGGCCAGAUCAAUGAACCCAUUCCUAACGAGUGUUUCUUCAAGCAGGUGCCAAAACGAUCGGCGCUAAACAAGGAAAAGACAGUAGAGAGCGAAGCAUCAACAACGGCAAAGGGGAAGCAUCACGAAAAGACGACGACCACAGAGGUACACGACGACAUUUACGAUGCACCUUUCGACGGUUAUGACGGCUAUAAAACGAGCCGCAGAACAGCAGAACUACAGAAACAUCGUGUCCUUCGCCACAAACAGAAUCUUUUCGACAUUCUUUUUGGCCGCCGCAUGCGAGCGAUUCCAGAAACGCUUGCGAAAUACGAACAUCGUGACGAUCGCGCCAGAGAAAAAUACAAGCAAUUACAAGUAAAACAAAAGGAAGCAGCAACCAAGGCCAAGCUUUUCCCCUAUUGGGGUGGUGAGAAAGAGCUUUUUAAAAAUAUCGACUACAACUACGUUCGCGAAGUCCGGAGACAGCAACACAAGGACAAAAGGAUUCAAAUAUCGAAGGCGGAAUUUGUUCGUGCGCAGCUUCUCGACGAAAUGGAACGACGAGGAAUGCUGAUGGGACUACCAAGAUCUCCUGAAAAACGGUCUUUACGCAAGAAACAGCAGAAAAAAGAACAGUCCACCCGAGCGCUCGAGUUUCAGAAUCCAGACGUAUAUCUCAUGGGUACCAGCAGGUCAUGGCAGUACUAUGGAUAUGCCCUUGCUGAAAUAUCUCGACAAGUGUAUUAUCAAGAAUGGGAUUCUUUGACCCGAUCGAACAAUCAGUAUACAAAACUGGUGCAGGUGUCUGCUUUGGAUGGACCGAGAAGAAACAAUGCUAUCGUUAGUCUGCUUCAUGAAAUGCUUCCACGCAAUUAUUACAAACCAGGACAAAGAAAGUUUAGAAAGCAACAUAUUCGAUACUUUGUGCAGAAUCGAGAUAGAUUCGAUAUAGAGUAAAUGCGUCAAUGACAGCAUAACAAUAAUAAAAACACUUCUUUAUAUCUCGCCUCACAAAAGAUGCUCGAUUAUUAUAACUCGUAGCUACUCGUUAUAUACGUAGUACUGAAUGGAAAAUACGACGUUGAAGUCGAAUGCACUAUCGUGCUUGUUACUACGUGUGUCCGCCCACUAGACCUUUAAAAUUUUUAUAUCAAAAGGGCAGCGAGCAAUUGGAUCAAAGUGAUAAGUGGGAACAGCA